AAUUCCUUUACAUUCGACCCUGUGUUCUCUUGCUCGAAACCCCGUGCUGACAGUUUUCCCCCUUUUUUGGGCAUUUCUCCUCCCUCGUCGUCUUCAACCUCAAAACCAUGGAGCAAGACGAAUCUUCUUCAGCUCCGAGGAAGCUAAAGUUUGCGCCCAAAGCCCCACCUCGCAGAAAGCCCAAACCCACACCACCCAAAACUGAAGUGGGUGACGAAGAAGAAGAAGAAGAAGAAGAAGCCGAGCAUGCCCAGUAUCUACUUCGUCGCUUCAAUGAGAACCUUGCUAGACGGGGACCUAAAGACGAAAAGAAAUCUUCUGUUCAGGUUGCAUUUGGUCCUGGAGUUACGCCAUCACCUCUGAUAAGGAAAUUUGGUGUUUCCAAGGAUGGUAUUGGUGGUAAAAGCAGUGGCUCCUGCCCCAAAAGUUCCGAUUAUGGGAAAGCUCUCUUAUCUUCACCUUCAGCUGCCAAUGAAGAUGGAAGGGAUGUAUGUUCUGCAGAUCCUACCAGUACAGAGCAGAUUGUCAAGAAAGAAUAUAGAGAACCCUGGGAUUACCAUAGCACUUACUAUCCUACUACUAUUCCAUUGAGGAGGCCUUACGCUGGAGACCCAGAACUCCUCGAUGAGGCAGAAUUUGGGGAGGCUGCUGCAAAUUCGGAGUAUGAUGAAAAUACUAUAAGUCCUGCUUCAGACCUUGGGCUGAUGGCGGAAAAUGAGGAAGAAAAUAUGUUUUUCUUUAAGCUUCCAGCUAGUCUGCCCUUACUCAAGCGAUCAACUAGUAGAAAGGGCAAAGAGAAAGUUGAAACUGAUUCGUCAUUGGAUGGCGGAGGUGUUUCAAAGAAGGGCUGCAGUUUGGAAGAGUUGCCUGGUGGAUAUUUGGGCAAAAUGCUGGUUUACAAGAGUGGAGCAAUCAAGUUGAAGCUGGGAAACACCCUGUAUGAUGUUACACCUGGUUCAGAUUGCGUAUUUGCUCAAGAUGUUGCGGCAAUCAACCUUGCAGAAAAACAAUGUUGUGUUCUUGGAGAGCUUGGCAAACGAGCUGUUGUUACUCUUGAUGUUGAUUCCUUGUUGGAUGGUGUGAUCGACUUGGGCUAAAUGCCUGAAGUACAAGUUCUGGCUUUAUGGCGGGAGAACCUUCAACGUUAGUAACCUAGUAUUGGCGCACAUAUGUAGAGAGAGAUAGGAGUAAAUUUGUAUCUAUAAUUGCUGACAAGGUAGCUUGUAAAACUACUUUUGCAGACCUCUCAAUGGCUUCUCUAUUUUGCAAUUUUUUUUGUAAAAUAGAGAACAAUAUGUAAAAUCAAUGUAAAAUACAAGUCACCUAGUAGGGAAAACCA